GUCGCAGCCAGCGAUCCUCCCCUCCGUGACACUGCGAGGCAGCGAGCGCGCAGCCCGCGGCCGAGCGCACCUGGGCAGCAGCGCCAGAGCUUUCACCGCGCCAUGUUUCAGCCCGCCGAGCACGCCCAGGACUGGGCCAUGGACGGUCCCCGGGACGCGCUCAAGAAGGAGCGGCUGCUGGACGACCGCCACGACAGCGGCCUGGACUCCAUGAAGGACGAGGACUACGAGCAGUUGGUGAAGGAGCUGCGGGAGAUCCGCCUGGAGCCGCAGGAGGCGCCGCGCGGCGCCGAGCCCUGGAAGCAGCAGCUCACCGAGGACGGAGACUCGUUCCUGCACUUGGCCAUCAUCCAUGAAGAGAAGGCACUGACCAUGGAAGUGAUCCGCCAAGUGAAGGGCGACCUGGCCUUCCUCAACUUCCAGAACAACCUGCAGCAGACUCCACUCCACUUGGCUGUGAUCACCAACCAACCAGAAAUUGCUGAGGCACUUCUGGAAGCUGGCUGUGAUCCUGAGCUCCGAGACUUUCGAGGAAAUACCCCCCUACACCUUGCCUGUGAGCAAGGCUGCCUGGCUAGUGUGGGAGUCCUGACUCAGACCUGCAGGACCCAGCACCUCUACUCCAUCCUCCAGGCCACCAACUACAAUGGUCACACGUGUCUACACUUAGCCUCUAUCCAUGGCUACUUGGGCAUCGUGGAGCUUUUGGUGUCUUUGGGUGCUGAUGUCAAUGCUCAGGUGAGUGCUUCACGUCUCCAGACGGAAUGCAUCAAGGCUGCAAGGCCCUCCUCAAUAAGACUUCACGUGCUCUUGUUACAAGCAGAAAUUCCAAACUCAGCCAUAAACAUCUCAAAUUCCUUUUGGUUUCAGGAGCCCUGUAAUGGCCGAACCGCCCUGCAUCUUGCAGUGGACUUGCAGAAUUCUGAUCUCGUGUCACUCUUGUUGAAGUGUGGGGCUGAUGUCAACAGAGUGACCUACCAGGGCUACUCCCCAUACCAGCUCACCUGGGGCCGCCCAAGCACGCGGAUACAGCAGCAGCUGGGCCAGCUGACCCUCGAAAACCUUCAGCUGCUGCCAGAGAGCGAGGAUGAGGAGAGCUACGACACGGAGUCAGAGUUCACAGAGGACGAGCUGCCCUAUGAUGACUGUGUGCUUGGAGGCCAGCGCCUGACGUUAUGAGCGUCGAAAAGUAUCUAAAAGAACAUGGACUUGUAUAUUUGUACAAAAAGAGAGUUUUAUUUUUCUAAAAAAAAGAAAAAAAAAAAA